CAACAAACAAGUGCAAAUGUACAAACGCGACACGUGACAAUAUGUUAAAAAUUGCAUUUGCAUCUUUUUUUUGGGAAGGGAUAUAAGCAUUUCCUUGACUCCUCGAUCUUCGCUCUUCUUUCGAUGCCAAAGGAAAGCUAAUUUCUCUUCUUUCAACAAACAAAGACUUGAUGUCACAUUAAUAGACUUACUUCAUGGCUCAAGAAGUCAAGGAGAAUGACACAAUCAUUGGCUCCCAGUCAUCGGUCAAAAAGCUCAACAGAUGGGAAGCAACAAUUCAAGAAGAAGAAUUGAUUCAAGCCGCAGCAAUGCCCCUCGAUGAAGUGCCGAGUUGUAUGAAUUGUUUCGAUAAAUGGGCUGCAUGUUUUGCACUGGGUCCACAAAUCCGACACGUCUAUCGUUAUGGAUCGAUCAACAAGUGUCAAGGAAAGAUGGAAGAUUUCAAAUACUGUUUGACGCUUAAAGGUUUAACCCAAGAAGAAUUUCGUGCAAAGUGGAUUCGCAAAAGAGCAGAAGAUUCUGCUAGCAAACGAUUGGAAAAGAGUAGCGAAGACGUUUGGGAAUUACGCAAAGAUCCC